AUGCGGACUCUUGGUACGAAGCGUUCCCGCACAACUGCCUAUCAUCCCGCAUCCAACGGCCUCGUUGAGCGACUCCAUCAGCAGCUGAAGGUCGCCCUCCGCGCCGCCCAGCACACCCCCUGGCCAGAAGCUCUGCCCCUCGUACUGCUGGGCAUCCGAACAUCCUUCAAGCCCGACCUCGGCUGCACCACUGGAGAUCUUGUUUAUGGUGCCCCCAUACGCCUUCCCGCUGAUGUCCUUGAAGCCUCGCCUACCCUGCCGCUCCUGGCUCCCGCCGACUACUUGUCCCGGCUCCGGCACACCAUGGACGCUCUCCGCCCAACCCCUCCCCGUUCCAGUCGCGUCUCCAACGCCUUCCAACACCCCGACCUUGACCGCUGCUUGCACGUCUUCUUCCGCUGCGACGGUGUCAUAAAACCGUUGCAGCCACCUUACUCCGGGCCCUAUCCCGUCAUACGGAGAACCCCAGCCUACUUCACGCUUCUCGUCAACGGCAGGGAAGACACCGUUUCCCUCCACCGUCUAAAACUUGCCUUCGACGCCUCCACCUUGCCGGCCGUCGCAUCGCUUGGUCCCUUCGCCUCGCUUCCCACCCGUCAGCCUGGAGACCCGUCGCCAGCCCAUUCGAGCCCUUCCCGUCCACAUGUAACAUGGUGCAAGCGCCUAGUCACCAGUCGUCGCUUUACGGCGACUCCCUAG